UGUAAUGGUUUGUUCCACACUACAUCCGUAUCCGGUUUUCGUAAACAUGGCGUCGAUGAGCAAAGAAGAAUAUCUAAAACGUUAUUUAUCGGGUCCAACCGAUGAAAAGAAGAAGAAAAAGAAGAAACCUAAGGACAAAUCUAAAACCAGUAUCCGUGUAGUAGAUGAUGAUGUAGACUGGAGAGCCAUUGCCCCAGAUGUGAAUGAAGAACCAGAGGCUCUGGAUAUAGAGGAGGAGAAACCUUCGGUUGCCGGGGUGAUUGACGAGAGACCAGACGAGGAAGUACGACUGGAGGCCUUCAGGCAGAGCAACAAGUGGAGGCUCAUGGGAAAAGAUGAAGACAAAAACAAAUCUGGGAAAGGAGGUUUCCAAAGUGUCAACAGUCCAAGCCAGUCAACAAGAAGAAGACAUGAUUCUGACAGUGACCAAUCACCACCAAGGAGGCAGAGACAUGACUCUGACCAAUCACCUUUCAGGAGAAGAAAACCUCAUUCAGACAGUGACCAAUCACCACCAAGGAGGAAAAGACAUGAUUCUGACCAAUCACCUCCCAGGAAAAGAGGGCGUGAUCAGGUUACCAGCCAAUCACCAAAGAGAAGAAGGCAUGAUUCGGAUGGUGAUUUGUCUCCACCCAGAGGAAGAGCUGAUUCAGAUGAAGAUAUGUCCCCACCAAGAAGACGUCAGAGGCACGAUUCUGACUCAGACCUGUCCCCACCGAGACAUUCCCGCGCCGGUUCCGACCAAUCACCACCCAGACAGAAACCCUCGGAUGUCAGAAGGAAGGACAAACAACAGAAGAAGUCGGACCAGCUAGAGAUGGGUUCGGGACUGAGCGGGAAGAAGGCAGGACUACAGGACGCACAGUCACUCAGGGAAGAGACAAGGAUUAUGAAAGCCAGGGAGAAGGCUAUGUUUGAUCGUAUGAAUGAGGAGGUGUCUGGUAAGAAUGCGGAGACGGUGUACCGUGAGAAGGGACGAAAACGCGACCUGAAAGCGGAGAGGAUAAAACAGCGGGAAGAAGAGAACAAGGCGCGGGAAGAACAGGAAAAAUACAUGGAGUGGGGACGAGGAGUUGCGCAGACGAAGCAGCAGGAAGCUAACAUAGAGGACCACCUGAGGGAGAUGGACAAGCCGCUGGCCCGGUACCGGGAUGAUGAGGACCUGGACCAGAUGCUGAAGGAACAGGACAGGGAGGGAGACCCCAUGUUAGCCUUCUUAAGUAAGAAGAAGAGUAAAGGCAAGGAUGGGAAAGAGCGCCCGCGGUACGCUGGCCCUGCCCCUCCUCCAAACAGGUUUAACCUGUGGCCUGGGUACAGGUGGGAUGGAGUGGAUCGAUCCAACGGCUUUGAGAAACGAUUCUUCCAGGCGCAGGCCAAUAAGAGAGCAGUAAAGGACGAGGCGUACAAAUGGAGCGUGGAAGAUAUGUAGCAAAACGCUGUAGCUUUUAUCCCAAAAAUUCAACUUGUCGUUUUGAUAUACUUCGGCACAAUAUGUAAGUGGUAUGACUGUACAUGUACAUGUAUCAUU